AUGGGACAUUUUCAGAACGACCUGUGUGCGUCUAUGUGGUUCACCUAUCUCCUGGUCUACCUCCACAACGUGCUGGGCUUCCAGAGCACCUACGCAGGUGUGCUGCUGCUCAUAGGACAAAUAGCUGACGGCCUCUGCACGCCUUUGGUUGGAUAUGAAUCCGACAAAACAUUAACUGGCAUCUGUGGAAAAAGAAAAUCCUGGCAUCUACUGGGAACUGUUAGUGUUAUUAUAUCGUUUCCCUUCAUUUUCAACCCCUGCCUGGCCUGCACCGACAGCAGUCCUCAAUGGGCUCAGAUUGUAUACUUCUCCCCCUUCAUCAUCAUCUUCCAGUUCGGAUGGGCAGCCACCCUCUCCCACCUGUCCCUCAUCCCGGAGCUGGUGACCCGGGAGAGCGAAAGGGUGGAGCUCACUGCGUACAGGUAUGCCUUCACUGUGGUGGCCAAUAUCACAGUGUUCACUGUAGCCUGGCUGCUCUUUAGAUUCCAGACUCCACACAGUAUCAGCCCUACCAUCACAGACAAUGUGGGCCCAGUGGACAUCCCUCUGUUCAGGGAUCUGGCCCUCAUUAUGCUGGGCCUUGGGGCUUUAUUCUCUCUGGUUUUUCAUGUGGGCACAAAGGAGGGGACAUUGGCCUCAGAGAGAGAGAAUCUGCUGAUCACACCUGCCCCGUCACAGGAUGCCCCACCUCGUACUGUGUUUCAAUGGAAGAAUUGGCUGAAGGAGCCCUCCUUCUACCAGAUGGCUUUCCUGUACAUGUGCACUCGCCUCAUAGUCAACUUAUCUCAGACCUACAUUUCAAUUUUCAUCACCGACUCACUGAUGUUGCCAAAGAACUUCAUUGCCAUCAUACCUCUGGUGAUGUAUCUCAGCGGCUUUGUUUGCUCAUUGGUCAUGAAACCAAUCAGCAAGCUCGUAGGAAUCUAUAUUACCUAUUUAUUCGGCCUGGUGCUGGUGUUUGUGUUUGGCAUCUGGGUGUAUGUGGCCAAGCACAUGGGAGCUGACAGCAUUUAUGGAGCCGCCGUGCUGCUGGGCGCCGGCACAGCUACAAUCCUGGUUAUGUCUCUUUCAAUGACCGCCACGCUCAUUGGGGACCAGACGCAAAGUGGAGCCUUUGUUUACGGGUCAAUGAGCUUCACAGACAAGGUGGCUAAUGGUCUUGGGGUCAUCCUCAUCCAGAGCCUCCGACCAUGCAACACAGAAGCCUGCUGUCCGGACUGCGUUUGGUUCUAUCGUGACGUCAUGGCCGUUGUAACCGGGGGUGUGGCCAUUGCUGCAGCAAUUUGCCUGUUCACAAUUAUGACCUGGCCAAUCAGGAUACGGAGAAAUUAGGGUUCAAAGUCUGUGCUCCAAUAAUUGAUACUGUUUGCUUCUGUGAGAACAAACGGACAGCCCCUUGUCAUAGAUAUAAUAACUUACAGCACAGUUUUGUCAAUGUUUCAUUUUUAUAAAUGUUGUUGUUGGACAAGGGAAACCUUGCAAAAAAAUGUAAGCCAUGCUGCCACCUAGUGUAUGAAAUAGUAUCUACACUGCCUCCCAGACUUCAAAAUAAGAAUUAUAUAGACCAAGGAUGGACAACUUUGAUCACACAAUUCUCACUGCCAGAGGGCCAAAUUGUAGGAUACUCUUAGGUGGACUUAUAAUUCAACCAAAGGAAGGAAUACAUAGCUACUGAUUCUAAAUUACGACCAGUCAAGACUACCAGCGAUGCUCCUUUCUAAAAUAACAAAUCACUUCAGUUCAUUUGUAAUUUUUAUCUCCCGGUUAUGGCCACAGCCUUCAGAUUUUGUCAUGGUUUCUUCAUGUGUUUCCAAUUAAUUGAUAUGUAAAAACUGACCUGAGGGCCACUUUGAGUGUUGAGCGCCACCAGUUGCCCAACCCUGAUACAGACGAUACAGGUAAAAAUGCGUCAUUAAACAGUCUUUAGAUGGAUUCAGAGGUGUGAAAUAAAUGUAGGAAGUGAAAUCCCGCUGAGACUCAUUGACACAAAUUGUUAUAUUUUAUAUUUUUAUCUAGAUGUUUUAUUAGAAGUUUAAAAAACUGCACAACUUAGCCGAACCUGGGGACGCACAACUUUACAGACAUUUCACAUGAGAAAAUACUUUAAGUGACACUUGCAUGUCAAACGCACUGGAACAAAACAGAAUUUUUCAGAUCAAUUCAAUUUGGUGAUUUAAUUGAUUAAAUAAAAAUGCAACACCCUUUUAAAUCAAUGAUCAUCAGAUAUGUUAAAUAAUAAACUUGUUCUUUGUUUUGUCUAUGACCAUGGUAUGUAAACAAAGUAUACAUCAACAUAUAAGAACCAAUUUCUGUCAUUAAAGGAAUAAUACCAGAAAUAUUAA